AUGGAAAUUGACUAUGGAAAUAAUAUUGAAGAAACCACAGCUUUAUAUGAAAAGGUUCAACGUGAAUUGGAAAUCUUAACGAUGCUCAAGAAUCGUCUGCAGCGACGGCUGAAAACCGAUAAUGGCCAAACGUUGGCAAGCACCUUGUGUUCGGGUGAUACGAAAUCAAUUAAACGCGAAAUUCAGACACAAAUCGAUAUGAUUUUGGAACGUUAUGACGCGCAAUUGGUCGAUGACAUUGUGCACGAGGCAAUGACGGAGGUAUUUGGCUGUAAAACACCAUCACAAAUGUCCAGUUUAUUAUGGUCCAUAUAUCGAGCCGAUAACCUAAAGUCCUUUGAAUUAAUGGUGCAAUUUCAAUUGACAUUUUUCCAUAAUGCCCUCAAACGUCAACAGGCAGCUGAUAUGGAGUUUCAACGUGUCUUUGGCAAGAAUCUAUACAAAUUUAAACAGUCGCCCUUUUACCCGAGCCUCAGUGGAAAUUUGAAACAAAAAAUCGAUUUGGCCAUAUUGCAGUUAUUAAGAAACAUGCAAUACUUAUUAUUUCAUGAACACUUUUGUCUAAUGAAUUCAAAAUAUUCCGAAUAUAUUUAUACGGCAAUGGGUCAGAGAAACUUGGAUUCAUUUAGUCGUUAUAUUUGGUUGUGGCAUGAUAAGCGUAGUAUAGACAUAACUGGUCAUAUCAAGGCCAUGCCCCACGAUUGGAAUCGAACGGAUACCAGUGAUUUAUUAGUUCAGCUGAAGGGCACGGAAUAUGAUGUCAUUUAUUAUAUGAGAAAAGAGGAUAAAAUGAUUGCCGGUUGGGAACCCCAAGCAAUCGGACCAAUGAACUCUAUUUGGAAUGUUGAACUUAUUGAUAACGAUCGUGUUGUUUUCUAUCAGGGCAAUUAUAUUAUGUGUUCGACAGAUGAGAAACACGAUGGUGAACGGCGUACAGUGAGAGCAUAUGAACGUGGCACUUAUACGUUCGAAUCGAAUGAGUGCCAGUGGUUGCUGGGAACUUGUAAUCGUAAAUAA